CUGAAAAUGUGGCAUGGAAGACGGCUCAGGCAAAGAAGGAUAGUACAAUGGCUCGGAAAGACGUCGCAUGAUAGGUUGCCCGUCCCAAUAAGCUUGAUCAUGAAUCAACCCAUCAGUGAUUGGUGGUGGUUGCAAAGGGAGCGAAUAACGUCGUGAUCCCAUCGUGGUGUUAUGCUGCAUAUCAUCGUCACUAUUUUGGACAGUUUGAAUCCAGUCCGCCACAUUAUACGCUUGUCCAUGUGUUCUCGGGUUCACCACACCAAUCAACGCUUCUUCGGUGAGAAAGGGUGUCUUGAACAUGGCCCAUGUAUCCGUCGCUUUGCCACCACCGCACAGGUACGAAAAAUCAGGCGUACCAAGUUUAGGCGCCAUCAGCUGAUCCAUCACCGACGUCAUUUCCUUGAGAUGGAGACCAUGACCGCUGCUGUUGUUCUGUUGGUGGUGGUGGUGGUGGUGGUUGCUAUUCGAAAGGAAUUCCUGAGCGUAACUCCAGGUAUCCUGAGGAGUAAUAGGAGUCGAAUAUUCGCUCGGAGCAUCGUCUUCCAAAAUGUCCUGAUAACAGGAGGACAAUGGCACGGGAUCACCCGCUGGGUACAUCGUCGAUUGACUACCAACAUAUGACAACCCGGACGAACUACGCGAUAG